CAUGAAUCUUUAUAAUUGAAAAUACAUAUCAUCUACCUCCUAAGGUAAAUUUCGCCCCGCGUUCAGACGAACAUCUAAAUUAUAUACAAAUUUUCAUAUAAUUUCCAAGUCGAGCCCAUGUGAAGAAUUGGAAUUAUCUCUUGCCCAAAACUGCCGGUUAAUAUUUUCGUACCUAAUAAACUACUAUAACUGCCGCCCACUCGAGCCGAUACCUCUCCUCUGCAAAUUGCUAUGGAGUCUUUAGAGACGAUACAAGCCCGCCAUCGUAAAGAGCAACGCGACUUACAAGCCAGAAUCACGAACAAGAAGAAGAAUGCGACGAAGAAGACGCGGAAAGGCGUCAACGACGAAUGCGCCGAACUCGAGCGGCAGUUAAAAGAGAGGCAGGAACAGGAGCUUGCUGCGUUGAACGGAGAAGUCGAUAAUGAAGAAGGCACAACAGGCGAAAUAGAAGAGCAAGAAGACGAAAAGCCGAACGGCGCGAGUCGGAAAGAUGCGACGGACGGGAUAGCGGAACAGCUGGAUCGUACGAACCUCUCGCAAUCACCAGAACCCAAUUCCGCAACGACACAACCACCACCACUACCACCGCAGCAGCAGCAGCAACCCAAAAAGCGAAAUCGCCAAAAAGAGCGCAUGGCGCGACGUGCGGCAGAACAAGAAGCCGCCGCCGCCGCCGCGGAGCAAGAGGCAGCUAACAUGACAGACCACCGGAAAAUCGAGAAGACGUACCUGCUCAAGGAGUUCCAGGCGAACAACCUCGUCGAGAAGGAGAUCCAGCCGGACGGGCACUGCCUGUUCUCCGCCGUAGCCGACCAGCUGGAAGCGCGGGGGGUGCCUCUGUCCCUAGGACUAGGCCUGGGCGAGAAAGCGAACCCCGAGACUGGCACAGAGAGAGAGGUCAAGGGCUUGCCGGCCUACAGGGUGGUUAGAAGGGUCGCGACGGACUACAUGUCGGCGCACGCGGACGACUUCGCGCCGUUCCUGGAGGAGCCGCUGGACACGUACGUGCGCAAGAUACGCGACACGGCGGAGUGGGGCGGGCAGCUCGAGCUGUCGGCGCUCGCGAACGCGUACGGCGUCGAGAUCAAGGUCCUGCAGGACGGGAGGACCGAGACUAUCGAGCCGAAUCCCAGCGGCGCCGCGGGGAAGAAGGAGGAGAGGGGGGAGGAGAGGAAAAGGAUUUGGCUCGCGUAUUAUCGCCAUGGGUACGGGCUGGGCGAGCAUUAUAACUCGUUGAGGCAGGCGGAUUAGGAAGGGAGGCAAAAGUAGAGGUGGGGUGUAAAGAAAAAAAAAGGAAACCAGGGUAAUAGAAAUAAAAUAAAAUAAAAUGAGAGCUUGGGUAUCGAGGCUUGUGGCCAUCGUCGGCCUUGAUUGGUUCUAUUACGAGUAGGUAGGAGGUAGCUACGAUUUACAACUAUGUACCCGUACAAAAUCAAAUCAACCACGUCAAAUAAUAGACUCUACAGUGUACAUCUUUUUACCUCGCGUCUAGAGGAGUUCGUAGGAGCCCUCGUGUGGACAAUUCCAUUAUAUACCUAGGUACCUAGGUAAGUAUAAACUACUCC